ACUCUGCAGAGCUGAGCCGCGGUGCCCGUGCCGCCCCCUAGGCCCGGUCUCGAACUCAAAUCCGACAAUGCGUGUGUUAGUGGUGCUGACGGCGCUCUCGGCGGCGGCCAUGGCCCGACCCGGCCACAGCGGCGGUGGCCACGGCGGCGGUGGUGGCGGCGGGUCCUUCGGCGGGUCCUCCUUCGGCUCCUCAGGGUUCGGAGGCGGCGUGCAGCUGGACUCGUACGCCGCGCCCAUCGGCAACGGUGGCGGCGGCGGCGGCGGCUCGUCCUUCGGCGGCUCGUACGGCGCGCCCGCGCCCCAGUACGGCCCGCCCUCACAGGCGCCCGUCGUCCACAAGCACGUCUACGUCCACGUGCCGCCCCCAGAACCAGCUUCCUACCCCGCCAGGAGGCCGCAGGCACCGCUGCCGCCGCCACAGAAGCACUACAAGAUCGUGUUCAUCAAGGCGCCGACCCCGCCGCCGCCGACCGCGCCCACUAUCGAGCUGCCACCUCAGGACGAGCAGAAGACGCUCAUCUACGUGCUCGUCAAGAAGCCCGAGGAGCAGCCCGAGAUCAACAUCCCCACUCAGCCGCCGACCAAGCCAUCCAAGCCCGAGGUGUACUUCAUCCGGUACAAGACCCAGAAGCAGGAGGGCUACCCCAACUCCAUCGGCUCGUCGUACGGCGCACCCUCCCCGGGCUCUGGACCCUCCGCCCCCGGCGACAGCUACGGCGCUCCCGGGCCCGCCCCCGCCGCCCCCUCCGGGUCGUACGGCGCGCCCUCGGGCUCCGGCAGCUACUAGACCGGACAGGACGGGACAGGGCCUAAGUGCUCGGCGCCUCCCCCCCUUCCUGUGCCGCACGGUGUGCUGUCGGGUCGGGCCGGGAGGGACGCGUCCAGCGCGUGAUCUCAGGGCGUCCGGCCGCCGGCGACGGUCCCGGCGCGGCGCUGCUGCAGGGCUGCCAGGUGGGCCUGGGCCCCGGGCCCCCCGCGGCCGCGCUGGGGCGCCCUGCCGGGGCCUCGCUGCCUCGCGCCACGCUACGUGCAAGCGGCCGGGCUAUCUCCAUGGAACCCACUGACGGAAAGGGGACCGGAGCAGUGACCGAGGAUGACGGCGUCCUCGACCGAUUGAUAGACUUUGCCCCUGCAGCACCACCCGCACCUCGACCGUCCGUACUCCACCCGUUUGAUUCCUUGUCGAGGGUAUGGGUGGUGGCGCUAUCGGGUUUGUCUUCUUUCAGAGUCAGGCCUAUGCCUUGUGAACGACGCAUACAGGCGUUGUCGUUGUCAAUUUUGUGAUUAAAUGAGCAGUAUUUAUAUGGAGGAAGAAGUGUUUCUAUGGAGUCAUGGACAUGUGUGUUGUGACAGACACUGUCCAUGUCGAUCCCACAAGUUGUUCAUGUUUUUUUAUUAAUUAUUAUUUUUAUAGUUUAUAGAUUUUUAUGUCAUUGUUCAUCAGCCCAUCGAGCAUCCCAUCAUUUCCUUAGUCUGUUGCAAAUGUGUGUUUAUAUGUAAUUGUAUGGUUCAUUGUCGUUCCUUUAAGUUACUGCUCUGAACAGCGGUGACUUCUAACAUUUGAAAACAAGACAUGUUUUCUCUCUCUGUUUUUAAGAAAAAAAAGAAAAACACAAAUAAAAAUCAAAACAGAAUGAA